UAAGCCCCCUCAAAAUUGUAAUCUAUCUGUCGGUAUUUACGCCGACUCUUUGGUGUUUCAGCGGCGAGAAAUCAAAACCCUAAGUAGCGCUCUCUCUCUCCCUCUCUCACAGACGCCCUUCGCCGCCGCAGCUUCAACUCUUCUAGCUUUGAACACCGAUGGAAGCGCCGCCUCCGCCACUUCCUCCUCCAUCAACUGCUCAUCCUGACCAGCCAGCGCCGGCCUCCUGCUGGAGCACGAUAGUUCAGAAGAAACCCCCACCCGCCACUCCUCUCUCAAACAGCGUCUUCAGCGACUGCAAAUCGAGCAAGGGAAUCUCCGUCGCCGUUCUGGACGCCAGCGCUAUCAUUCACGGCGAUAAGUUAUCUGGCUGCGCCGACAAGUUCGUAUCGGUGAGGGAGGUUUUGGAGGAGGUUAGGGAUCCGGUUUCUCGUCAGAGAGUCGCUCACCUUCCUUUCUUUGUCGAGACUAUGGAGCCAUCUCCUGACGCCAUCAAGAAAGUUGUCAAGUUUGCAAGGGAGACUGGAGAUCUGCACACUUUAUCGGAUGUUGAUCUUAAGCUUAUAGCUCUAACGUAUAUGUUGGAGGCUCAGAUCCAUGGAACCAAUCAUCUAAGGGACAGUCCACCCAUGCUUCAUGUUGUCAAUGUAAAAAGCCUUCCAGAGGCUAAAAUGCCUGGAUGGGGUGAUAAUGUGCCUAAUUUGGCUGAGUGGGAGGCUCUUGAGCAAGUUGCUGAGGGUGGAUCGAUGGGGAAUUCCCGGAUACUUCCUUUGAAAGACCUAGAUGAUAAUGUUCUUAAGGCAACUGAGGCUGCUUCCCAGCCUACAGAGCAGCAAUAUGAGAAUCAGACUGUUUUUAGACCCAGAAAUUUUAAUUUUCCAAAGAGAGAAAUCAAAAUUGAAGGAAAGAAGAUGGUUGCAGGUGGGGUUGAUGCCUCCAAGGGAGAGGAUGUUAAUGAUUUUGAUGAUUGGCACCCUGCUGUUAGCCGCAGUACUCACAGGAAGUACUUGAGAAGAAAGGCCAGACGUGAGUCAAGAUUGGAAGCCAUGGUUGAUGAACAUCCUGUAGAGGAAGCAAGCGCAAUUGCUUGUACAAACAGAGGUCAUGCAGCCACCUCCGAGGAUAGCCGAGGUUCUAUUGAUUCUUCUAAGCAUGAAGUAUCCAAUGAUGCGCAGAUUGGAAAUGAGCCUUCUAAGAAUGAAGAGUUGGAGAACAGUAACUUUGUGGAGAAUAUUGUAUGUCCAGUCUUUGAGCAAAUUUCAUUAAGUACCGAUAAUUCUGAGUUUAUGCAAGAACAGAAAGAUCAUGUCAUCACCAAUAUAGAAGUUAAAGAUGACCAUAGUUUAAGUGAUGGAGAUGAUUUGGAUAAUGGUUGCAUUGCUGUAGAAAAUGAAAAUGACAUAUGUGAGAAUCUAGCAGAAAAUUUGGAAGUUUCUAGUAAUGCUGAUGGAAGUAUGCAUCCAUCAUUUUUUGAUGAUGCUAGCAGUGAGCAAAGUUGGAUGAUGAGAUCUUUGUCAGAUUCAACAGUUGCCUGUAUUACUAGUGAUUAUGCCAUGCAAAAUGUUAUUCUCCAGAUUGGUCUUCGUCUCCUUGCACCAGGAGGAAUGCAGAUUCGCCAACUUCAUAGGUGGGUCUUAAAAUGUCAUGCUUGCAAUAAUGUAACUCAAGAAAUUGGGAAAAUUUUUUGCCCAAAGUGUGGCAAUGGAGGCACCUUACGCAAGGUAUCAGUGACUGUCAGUGAGAAUGGGAUUCUCCUUGCGUCUCGCAGGCCGCGUAUUAUUCUUCGUGGGACAAAGUUUUCACUUCCCUUGCCACAAGGUGGAAGGGAUGCCAUCACAAAGAAUCUAAUCUUGAGAGAAGAUCAACUCCCUCACAAACUUCUUUACCCCAAAAUGAAGAAGAAGCCAAACAAUAAGGAUGAAGAUUGCUUGUGUGUAGAUGACAUCUUCUCCAAUGUCAGUGAGAAGAGAGCCCCUUUGAAGCCUCCUGUAAGGAAAGCCCUUGCAUUGUUUGGUGGAAAGAGAAACCCAAAUGAUAAUCAUUUUUCUCGUAAACACUGAGAUCUGUUUGUUAAUGCUAUCCAAAUAGUACUUUUAAAAGCUUUUCCACAUUUCAAAUGUGAAAUAAUCUGGUUGUUUUAUUUGUUUUAGUUGAAUUGAAAGCAGUCAAAAAGUGUUUUGUGGGAAGAGGAAAAUCUUAGUUAUAUCGUUUUAUAGCCUUAAUAUUGAGGGCUUAAGAAGUCUCUCUUUUGAGUUUUUUUUCAA